GCGGCCGACACGGACCUCGCCAACGACCCCCCCGUCCUCCUCUCCCCCCGCGGCUGCGGACCGACCCCCCCGUUCCUCCUGGUGCUGGUUCCCAGCGCCCCGUCCCACUCCGCUCGACGCCAGGCCAUCCGAGAAACUUGGGGGGGGGCGGACGGGCGACCCGGUGGGCUCCCCACCCGCACCCUCUUCGUCCUGGGGGUGCCGACGGUGCCGGCCGAACAACCGGCGGUGCGAGCGGAAGCUCGCCGCCACGGCGACCUCCUGCAAGGCGCCUUCGCCGACACGUACGCCAACCUCACGCGCAAAACGGCGUUUCUGCUCCGCUGGGCGACGCGCCGUUGCCCCGCCGUCCCUUUCAUCCUCAAAGCCGACGACGACGUCUUCGUCAACCUCCCGGCCUUGACGAAUUACUUGGCGUCCUUCCGGCGAGCGCCGCGGUUAUACCUGGGACGGAUCCACUGGUGGGUUCGACCCCAGCGGGACCCUCGCGGUCGUCACCACGUCCCCGUCGCCGUUUAUCCCGCCGCCGCCUUCCCCCUCUAUUGCAGCGGCACGGCGUACGUCUUAUCGGGGGAGGCGGCGGCGGCCGUGCUGGCGGCGGCCCCCCGAGUCCCUUUUGUCACCCCCGAGGACGUCUGGGUGGGCCUUUGCGCCCAGCGAGCCAGUUUGGCGCCCCGCCACUCGGCUCGGAUGGCCGGAUCGGCGCGGUUCCCUUUGGACGGGUGCUGUUACGGCGAGGUGCUCUUCAGUUCCCACGGGCUCGGCCCCGGCGAGUUGCGGAGGGUCUGGGGGUUGUUGCAAGGAGAGGGGGGGGGUUGUAACGCGUUGCAGCGGGCGCUGGGCGUGCUGCGGUGCAAGGCGCUGGCCGUCGGCGAGUGGCUUUGGCAGUGAGCAGGGAGGGUGACGGUGCGGCGAGGCCGAGGACGUCGCACGGGGCUCGCACGUGUUGGAGGAGCCGCAGCAGCGCUGGGAUGCAGCGUGGUGUCGCUGCGAGCCGUCAGCCGCGGUGCAAAGAGGACGAGGACGUUGCACGUGUUC